UGCAACUAAAAGAUUCUCUCUCUCUCUCUCUCUCUCUCUCUCUCUCUCUCUCAUGAACCCUUUGCCAUGGAACCAUUUCUCUCUUAACAAAACCAAAAUAAUUUUCUUUUCGCAUUCUUUCCCUUCCUUUCUUGAUUCUUCCAAGUCCAUUCCAAGCUCCAAGCUCAUCUUCACUCACAGUUGAUUAGGAUAUAGGUGGUGAGGAUGUCUACUCCGGCAAGGAAGAGGCUGAUGAGAGAUUUCAAAAGAUUGCAACUAGAUCCUCCUGCUGGCAUCAGUGGGGCGCCCCAAGACAAUAAUAUCAUGCUUUGGAAUGCUGUUAUCUUUGGACCAGAUGAUACCCCGUGGGAUGGAGGUACGUUUAAGUUGACACUUCAGUUUACAGAGGAUUAUCCAAACAAACCACCUACAGUGCACUUUGUUUCUCGAAUGUUUCAUCCAAACAUUUAUGCAGAUGGCAGUAUAUGCUUGGACAUUUUACAAAAUCAGUGGAGCCCAAUUUAUGAUGUUGCUGCAAUUCUUACCUCAAUCCAGUCAUUGUUGUGUGAUCCAAACCCAAAUUCUCCAGCAAAUUCUGAAGCUGCUCGGAUGUUCAGCGAAAACAAGCGUGAAUACAACAGAAGAGUUCGUGAGAUUGUUGAGCAGAGUUGGACUGCUGAUUGAUUAAUCAUCCAUCAUAGGCCUUAGUGGCAGUUAAAAGGGGUUGUCAAUGGAUCUGAUUGAAUAAUCACGAAACUUCUAAAAGAACAAUUAUGAAUUUCUAGCUCUUGAUAGAGUGCUUGCUCAAACUAUAUCAAUUAAUGUUCCACCUUAUUUUCUCCAUGUGCACACUCAAUUUUUAUUAAAACCCCAUAUCAUUUGUU